CCAAUUACUGUGCACUGAUGCACGUGUACUAAAAGCAAACGACAGCUGUCUCAUCUCUUUCCGUUUCCUUUUUCGUGAACGCUUCCAAAAUGAAAGCCAAGGGACAGUUGAAGGAAUACGAGGUCAUCGGCCGCAAGUUGCCCUCCGAAAAGGAGCCUCAGACUCCUUUGUACAAAAUGAGAAUCUUUGCCCCCGACAACAUUGUUGCCAAAUCCCGUUUCUGGUACUUCUUGCGCCAAUUGAAGAAGUUCAAGAAGACCACCGGCGAAAUUGUCAACCUUAAGCAAGUGUACGAAACCUCUCCCACCAAAAUCAAGAAUUUUGGCAUCUGGUUGCGUUACGAUUCCCGUUCUGGUACCCACAACAUGUACCGUGAAUACCGUGACUUGACUGUUGGUGGUGCUGUCACCCAAUGCUAUCGCGACAUGGGUGCCCGUCAUCGUGCUCGUGCCCACUCCAUCCAAAUAAUUAAGGUUGAAGCUAUUGCUGCUAGCAAGACCCGCCGUGUACAUGUCAAACAAUUCCACGACUCCAAGAUCAAGUUCCCCUUGGUGCAACGUGUUCACCACAAGGGCAACAGAAAAUUGUUCUCCUACAGGAAACCAAGAACCUACUUCUUGUAAAAGGAUAGUGAUUGGAUUAAUGUGUGAUGAAGUUGACUAUGAUGUGGGUUUUACUACAAUUUCGUUUUUUAUAUACUUUAAGACUAUGAUGAAUGCGUCAGUGAAACACACAGAGUGUUAAAUUUGGAGGUAAAUAAAAUAGAAAAAAAAAUCUAA